AUGAAGAUUGGCGGUAGCUGGAAGUACUCCCGCAGCUACAACGAUGCUCGGCGCGGCUUCGCCAAGGGGCAAUGGCAGGAGCGCAAAAUGACACCGAGGUUCAUGCUGGCGCCGCGUGUGUCUGCGGGCGGGCCACGCAACCGCUAUGAGGGCAAAGCUGUCUUUUCCCGCCUUCCGCUGAUGAAAAUCCUCUGGGCCGUUGACAGCGGACGCCUCAACCCGAACGAGGUGAUCACGUUGUAUCAGCUCCGCCAGGCGCGCAUCAUCGCCGAUUGGGAGGUGGUGUGGCCCGGUUUUGUGCUGCUGGCCGGCGAUGUGGAAAAGGUGCCGUACCCGCUCAACAUUGAGCUCCAGAACGCCUCUGCGAAAACGAUUAAACUCAUCGAGGAAGCGGGAGGCUCCUUCACGUCCGUUUACAUGACGCACGAAGGUCUCUACCAGGAGAUGAACCCUGAGCAGUUUCCCACGUUCAUGGAGCAGGAAUUGCCCGAGCACAAAGGCUCCGAGAGCUUUGCCACCAACCCACGGAAGCGUGGGUGGCUGUCUCAGUGGUACGAGGACGAGAGCAAAUACGCGCACCCGGACGCCGGCCGCCGUUCUUCGCAUUAUGUGCGGCCAUCAACGCAACGCGACUUCCCCGCGACGGUGGAGGAGUACGAGAUGGUGAAGCAUCAUCAAAAGUGGCAUCUUAACCAACCCGGCACUGGCACUGUUUUGCCUUGGCAUUCGUACAAUACAACAGACUCGCGAAGCACCGUGAUUACGUGGGACAAAGAAGCAACGCCUCCACCGUCGCCCGCAUCCACAGAGGCGGAGGCGGAGGAUAGCAAGAGCGACAGCGGCAGACUGUCAGUGCACAGCGCCUUGAGUGCGAGGGAUCGUGAAACCACUGACACCGCCGGAGCUCCGGAAAGCGUCGGUGGCGAUGGUGCGUCGCCCGCUAUGAAAAAAUCAAAAACAGAAGAACACUCGAGAUUGCGACGGACAAGAGCUGAGUUAGGCGCUCGUCGAUUUGCUGCCUUUUUCAUCGGCAUUUUAGCGGGCUCCGCGAAGGAAGAGGUCUGUAGCUCCUCACUUGCUUGCUGA